AUGGCUUUCAAGGUAGCCAUUGUACUUAUUCUUGUGACGCUAGUACCGACUUCAAGAGCAACGUCUGAUGACGAAGUGAUGCUCUAUUUCCCAGCGUCUAAUACGCUGAAUGCGGCCCCUGUCUGGCCGCGCCGAUACCUGAGGUCGACCGAAUCCUUGACAAUGACCAAUGAGGGCAACGCCGAAGAGAGAGGAAUGGGGUUGGAGUUAUUUGCUAAAUUGGGAAAGAAAAAAACGAAUGCCGAUACCUUGCCGUUGUUAAUGGAUACAAGCGAGACCGAGCAAUUGAUCCCAAAAGAAAGCGAGGAGGUGAAGAUGCCUGAAAAAGAAAGCAAGAAUUCACUACUAAUCGGUUCUCAAGUCUUUAAGUUGUCGCGGGCGGAUUCUAUCUCGACCAAAGAUAACAAGGUCAAGAAAUUAGUCGAGACUGAAAGUAACAAGGACAUUAAAUCUAUUAUAACUACACUGGAAAAGGAAUACUACUGGCAAUGGUACAAUGAGAAGAGACCUGCGGAAGAGAUUCACGAGCUUUUGGGGCUACCAACAGGACCUGCCCUCUUAAACAGCCCACUUGUAUGGUUCUGGCUGGAUUACACGAUCUGGGUCGGCAAAGAAAACAUGAUGAAAACUGUAAACCUUUUUAAGGAGAAUCAACGUAUACCGAAGAAGAGAUCUCAGAAAUGCUCACAAGAGUUGGCGCCAAACUUUAGAAACCUAAUUGACCCUAAAGCACCUGAAGGCCUCAAAGUACCUGAAGGCCCUAAAGAACCUGAAGCUUCUGAAUUAGCUGGACCUGGACGAGUUUGA